AAAGUUGUACAGUGAGGUGGGAACAUUGCUUUAAGUGUAGCAGAGCUUCCCCAAGACUUUCAUUUAACUCCAACAUUGGGCAUCUGAGAAUCAAAGUCCAGAUCUACUGUCCUUUUCUGCAGGAACAACGUGGAAGGUAACAUAAAAGGUCAGUCUGCCUUUUGAAUGGUCACAUGAUCGGCAUAACAGUUCUGAGCUGAUUUUAAAAUCCUGAAUAAUUUAACCGAAAUUCUUUAGGAAAACAUAGCAAAAUGGUUCGAGAAUUCAGCUUGACUACUCAACAGCAAGAGUUCUUGAAGGAAGCCUAUGGGAAAGAGAUUCAGGCAAAAGUCAACUGGUGCAGUAGGUAUGGGAAGCGUUUGCAAGUACAGCAAAGGAAGCCCAAGUGCAAGCAAAGUUUUAAACUGCCAGCCAUAGCUGACCAGAGCAUCCUGCCUUCUGCUGAAUUAAGCAAGAAGGAGCACUUUCAUCAUCCUGGGAGGGCUAAGGAAGCUGAUGAAAAGGAAUCCACCAACAUGGCUGCUGAAAUGAGACCAGCCAGUCCCUGUACACUUGGCCUUCUCUAUUAUGGUACAUCCAGGGAAAAAGAUGGGAGAUAUCGCUACCUACAAGCAAGGUAUUGUAUAAAGCCAGAAGAUAAGUAUUCCUUUCCAAUAACAACCAACUCUACUUAUGGGUGGAAACUGGGAAACAUUUAUACCAGUCAGUACCCAUUCUUUGGGCGCUACUGUGUUGUGACUGAUACAUUCUAUCGGAAGAACGGUAUCCCAUUGGAGAGGAAUCCUCUGGACAUGGUCUUGUAGAAUAAAAUUGAAUACCUUUUCUGGAAAGGCCAUUAGCAAUAAAAUUCUCUGCAGAUA